AUGGAGGAGGCAGCGGGUAUCGGGCGGGUCUGGGAGCGAUUCUCCGCCUGGUUACACGGGGUCUGUGUUGUUACGUUUGACCUGGAGCUCGGGCAGGCGAUGGAGUUGCUGUAUCCACAGAAUAUAAGGAUCACUGAGAAAGAGAAAACCAGCAUCUGCUACCUCUCCUUCCCAGACUCAUACUCGGGAUGUCUUGGAGAUACUCAGUUUACCUUCCGGAUGCGACGCUCUGUGGGUCACCAAAACUGCCCUUUCCAGUGGGAUGAAAAGUAUAAUCGUGACGCUCCGGCUGCCUUGCAGAGGGACCCUGCGCAUUACUAUGGAUAUGUUUAUUUCCGGCAAGUGAGGGACAGCUCAGUAAAGAGAGGAUACUUCCAGAAGUCCCUGGUCCUCCUCUCCAGCCUUCCGUAUAGCAAUUUAUUUCACACUCUCCUGCAGCUCAUUGCACCUGAAUACUUCAACAAGCUGGAGCCCUGUUUGGAGGCGGUUUGUAAUCAGAUUGACCGGUGGCCGCUCCCAGAGACUGGGCUCUCCUUGUCGCUUCCCAUAAUGGGGCUUGUUCUCCAGGUCAAGAUCCCAAACCGUUCAGAUGUAACAGAGACAAAUGCAGUCCUUAUUCCACAACACGAGGAGCAGCUGGAUUCGCUAAACCACCUCAGUAGCGUCCAUCAGCUGGAUCUUUUCAGGUCCUUUCAGUCCAUUUUGAUGAAUCUCCAACUGCUCUGGGAGCUUGUUUUGCUGGGAGAGCCGCUGGUUGUCAUGGCUCCUUCACCCACCAUCUCCUCGGAAAUUGUGCUGGCACUGACAAGCUGUAUCUCUCCUCUCAAGUUCUGCACAGACUUCCGUCCAUACUUCACCAUCCAUGACAGCGAGUUCAAGGAGUAUACCACCAGGACUCAGGCCCCGCCCAGUCUGCUCCUUGGAGUGACUAAUCCGUUCUUCAUCAAGACUCUGCAGCACUGGCCGCACAUCCUGCGCGUCGGAGAACCACGUAUGUCUGGAGAUCUACCUAAACAAGUGAAGCUGAAGAAGAUGACCAAGCUAAAAACUCUGGACACAAAAUCAGGAAUGUACACGUCAUACAAACCCUUUCUUCACAAGGACAAGACACUCAUUAAGCACUUACUGAAGGGUCUUCAAAAGAAAUCACCUUCUUCUACUCUCAGUGCUCUGCUCCGAAAACAUCUAUAUGAUCUCACUCAGAGCUUCAUCCUUCCCCUAGAGCGGUACAUGGGUAGUCUGAUGCCGCAUCACAGCUCCAUAACCCCUUGGAAGAACCCACCACAGGUGCGACCAUUCCAUCAGGAGGAACUGAUGAAGAUGCUGGAGCACACUGGGCCACACCUUAGCUCGAGUAUAAAGGGGGACUGGAUGGGCCUUUACAGGCGCUUCCUCAAGUCUCCUCACUUUGAUGGUUGGUAUCGACAAAAGCAACGAGAGAUGAGAGAGAGGCUGGAAACGGAACAUCUGAAGGUUAUUUGUGAGGCGAAUAUCUCAGCCUGGAUAAAGAAUAAAUCAGAGGUGGAGAUUGUGGACCUGGUGCUAAAACUACGAGACAAACUGGUCCGAGCUCACAGGCAACACCUUCCCAUCAGCGCUGCAUCAAUUCAGAAACUAAAGCUACACAUAGAUGCUGUUAUUUCUUCCCUUCCUGAUGACCUACAGAGUAUUCUGCACCCAAACUAAGAUGUCAUAGCAUCCAACUUCACAGCCAGUGUCUGCAGAGCAUCCUGUGCACUACCCAAUAUCUCUCAGCCAAUGUCUGCGGUAUCCUUCACCCUAUCCAAUAACUUGCAGCCAAUGUCUUUAGAGUUCCUGAACCUUAUCCAAUACCUCUCAGCCAAUGUCUUCAGAGUAUCCUGCACCCUACCCAAUACAUCUCAGCCAAUAUCUGCUGAGUAUCCUAUACCAUACCCAAUACCUCUCAGCCAAUGUCUGUAGAGUAUCCUGCGUCAUACCCAAUACCUCUCAAUCAAUGUCAUCAGAGUAUCCUGCACCCUACCAAAUACCUCUACCUCUCAACCAAUGUCUUCGGAGUAUUCUGCACCCUACCCAAUACCUCUCAGCCAAUGUCUGCAGAGUAUCCUGCACUUUACCCAAUACCUCUCAGCCAAUGUCUGCAGAGUAUCCUGCACCCUACAUCUUAUCCAAUAUCUGGAUCUGCGCCCUACCCAAUACUUCUCAACCAAUGUCUUCAGAGUAUCCUGCACCCUACCCAAUACAUCUCAGCCAAUAUUUGCAGAGUAUCCUAUACCCUACCCAAUACCUCUAAGCCAAUACUGUAGAGUAUCCUGCAUCCUACCCAAUACCUCUCAGCCAAUAUCUGCAGAGUAUCCUGCACCCUCCCAAAUACCUUGCAGAGCACCCUGCUAUUCAUCUGACACCUGCAGAGCAUCUUGCUCCCCGUCUGACACCUGCUAAUACCUACCAAGCCUAGUCUAUCAUCUGAUACCUACUGAGCACCUAAUACCUACCGAGCAUAGUGCCCCAUUAAAUACCUAUCAAGCAUUGUACCCCAUCUAAUAGCUGCCAAGCAUACUGCUCCCCAACACCAGAAGACUUUCUACCCACUUGACAGAAGUUGGAUCCUGCCCUCAGCAUUGCAGGGUAUUGAAUGCUGUAGUCCUGCACAGCGUUGCCACAUCAGAUCCUUUGUCUAUCACAAGCCGCUGCUACUUAAAGGACCAGUCAACACAGAAGAUUUGCAUAAUCAACAAAUGCAAGAUAACAAGACAAUGCAAUAGCACUUAGUCUGAACUUCAAAUGAAUACUAGAUUUUUUUUUCUGACAAUUUUAAAAGUUAUGUCUAUUUCCACUCCCCCUGUACUAUGUGACAGCCAUCAGCCAAUCACAAAUGCAUACACAUUCCAUGUGACAGCCAUCAGCUAAUCACAAAUGCAUAUACGCUUAUUCUGUGAAUUCUUGCACAUGCUCAGUAGGAGCUGGUGACUCAAAAAGUUUUAAUAUCCAAUUUACUUACAUUAAAAAAAAGUGCACAGUUUAAUUCUGACUUGAGUGUCCCUUUAAGAACCAUUAAAGCACUCAGUCAUUGAGCAGCCUACUUAUAGCAGAUAUUACUGUCUAAGAUCUUAAAAAGCACAAAACUACAUUCCAAGUGCUGUAGGUAAGGUCCCUGAAACAAGUCACUGCUGGGUAACAGAAUUACUGGGCGUUGCUCCAAUACACCAGUGUGACAAGAAAGGUUAACUUUUCCUUACAUAGAGCACCAUGUACACUAAUCUUUUCCAUCUUUAUUAUUUAUAACUAGUCCUAAAGUCCGUGUACACGGGCCAUUUUCUGCAGUGCAAUGGUCCCAUCCGCCCGCGCUCCCAACCCUGUCCGGCCACGCCCAUUCCCAUCCAGUCACGCUCCUUGUCAUGCCCCCAUCACACCCUCUCUGCUGCCUGAUCCUCAAUGACUGAUCCUUCGUUAUGGCCAGGUAUGUUUGUCCUCGCGCAAUCUCUACUGCGCAUGACAGCUUUGGACAAACUUAUCUAACCUUUUAUUAUAUAGGAUUAUUAUUUUUAUUUAUAAAGAGAUUAGACGUCAGCAUUGGUGUGGAAGCUUCAGAAAGUUCAUGGAAAUUGCAUUUCUCUGUACUGUGAUGUAAUUUGUGUCACUGUAGUAGCAUGAAUCAAUAUGAUUUCCAGUACCUGAUGUAAAAUAAAUCUGAUACUAAAAUGUAAAGUGUUGGUUAUAAAACUUUUGCUAACAA